CCCCCCCCCACGCCCACCACCGCCGCAGCCGCUCGAGGGUCAACGGAAGUUGGUGAGGAGCUGGAGAGAGGGAGACAGAGAGAGGGGGCAAUGAAAGUGAGGGAUUUAAACCCCUGCAACCAAUAUAACUCCCCACCUCACCCUCGGGCCCAGCUGAGGACCACUGCCACUCGGAAACAUCAGCGAGAUUAUUUCAUCUUGUUUUUAAAAAGCUGGACAACAUUCCUAUAAUUUCUUACUACUACUGAGGGUUCAGAAUAGCAAACAAUUUCAGCAGACUUGAUGUAGUGCACUGUCAAAAUGUCAAGGGGUCAGCACAUAAUUAGCAGUGCAAAAAAGGUUCAUUUUCAAGUUGCGAAUGUUGGCCUGUCUGACCAAUCCCCCGUUCAAAUAGAAUUUGAGAAACUGAGCCACAUUCCAUACGGUACGAUACAUUUAGGAAGAGAUCAGAAAAUUGAACAAAUUGUAGAAUCCAGUCAGAACUUUGAACUGCUGUCUCAAGAUGAGACUUCAGUUAGUGCAUCUUCUCGCAAAAUCAAUAUUUUCAAAAGUAGUUUGCCUUCCUUUGAGGCUCAACAACAAGACCAGUUAUCUUCACAUGUUAAAAAAUCAGUCAGUUCACAGAAGGCAAGUAAUGUAUUAGCUGCUCUUGGCCUUUCGUCUAAGGAUUUAGAUGAAGUGAAGGGCUUUCCCGAAGACAAACUUACACUUGACACAUUGCCAAAGAUUCUUAAGCAAAUUAAGAAGAAACGAGCAUCUUUGAAACACGGGAAAAGUGACAAUUCUCCACAACAAAACCAAUCCACCAGUACUUCUCGUUAUGGUGGCAUUGAAGAAAAACUAUCGAUAAAAGGUCAAGGCACUGUGAUCAAACCACUAGUCAACUAUGGCUAUGAUCCUUCCUCUGGAGAAUCCAGUCCUGGAUCUGAACGGGAAGAACUAAGUGGUGAUGGUUCUCGUAAAAAACAGAGACAUUUCACUGAGUCCCCAAAUUAUCGAAGUAAAUUUGAUUCUGAUUCUGAAACGGAAUCUGAUUACGAAAUAGUUGAGGAACAUCACAUGCCAUGUGAAGAAGAAUCUCUCCUUGAGACAAAAAGGAAAACUCCUAUUCUGCAAAACAUAAAGGAUUUUCUUGGUUACUUGCCUGUGGUGCUUCCACACUGCUGCUCACUCUGUGACAAAAUAAUUGAUACUCUCCAGGAUUGGAAUGGCCACAUAAAUGAUCCAUUACACAAGCUACGUUGUCUGCUUCUUCAGAGAGUCUACCCAGAGUGGAACCCAGGAGAACUGCCAGAUACAAAGAAAAGUCCAGAGAAGAUCAAAGCUCCAAUUGUCGUCCUGAAAAAAAAGAUCAAAAGAAACACAGAAUUUCCUGAACAAAGCAAACGAGAAAAUCUGACUCAUGGAGAUGUACAGCAUGGAAACAGACCAUUUGGGAACGAAAUGUGCCAUCCUCAUCUGAAAGAACUCCGUAGUCGCGUUGUGGUCCUCAGCAAUUUGCCAUCGUCUGGUUUUUCAGAUUUUGAUACUGUGAGGCUUGGUUCUGCUUUUGGAAGGGUCCUCAAGUAUUUAAAAGUUGGGGAAAAGGCUUUCCUGAAAAUGGAUUCUGAAAUUGCUACUAAUAACUUGAUUGAACACUUCAGGAGGAAUCCUUUAUUUUAUGGUAGAUUAUUGACUGUAGGUAUAUCUUCUGCUCAAAUACAACCAUUGCUUAAGAAACCAUCUGCAAAGAUUGAAGAAAUGCUGAAGAAAGUAAAUCAGGCAGAUAUAAGUACAAAAGAAUGUUUUCUGGGUCCUAUCUUAAAGCAUAAACCUGAUGAUUUAAAAAGGUCCUCGCCAUCUGAAAGAGAGAGGAAAAGUUCUGAAAGUAGUGAGAAAGCAGAGUCAAAGAGCUCCGAUGAGAGUGAUGGAACAGAGGGGUGGAGAAGUUUUUCAAGGACAAGGCACAGAAACCGUGAGAAAAUGCAACACGGAAGCCGAGAUAGAAUAGCACGAAGAAACUCUAAACUAAAACAGCAGCAAAGCCAUGAAAGUAGAGAGUGGAGGGCCAACCAAGGAAGAGGAAUGCGGAGAACCAGCCGCGAGAGGGGAGAGCGCAGAGGUAGCCGCGAGAGGGGAGAGCGCAGAGGCAGCCGCGAGAGGGGAGAGCACAGAGGCAGCCGCGAGAGAAGAGAGCACAGAGGUAGCCGUGACAGGGCUGAACAUAGGGGUGGCCGUGAAAGAAGGGGACAUAGAGGUAGCAGGGACUGGCGAGAGCAGAGAGCCAGCAUUGAGAGAGGGGUGCGAGGAGGCAGCAAUGAAAGACGGGUGCGGCGAAGCAGUAGACAGAGAGUAGAAAGGGGAGUUGGCAGCAGCGAACGGAGAGACAGUAGUGAGAAGGGAGGUAGCAGUGAAAGGGAAGAAUGGGGAAGUAGUAAUGAUAGGGAAGAACGGGAAGGCAGCAGUGAAAGACUGGAGUGGGGAGACAGCAGUGAGAGAUGGGAGUGGGAUGAUAGUAGUGAGAGACGGGAGUGGGGUGACAGCAGUGAAAGACAAGUGUGGGGUGACAGCAGUGAGAGACGGGAGUGGGGUGACAGCAGUGAGAGGCGGGAGUGGGGUGACAGCAGUGAGAGACGGGAGUGGGGUGACAGCAGUGAGAGACGGGAGUGGGGUGACAGCAGUGAGAGGUUAGAGUGGGGUGACAGCAGUGAGAGACGGGAGUGGGGCGACAGCAGUGAGAGACGGGAGUGGGGCGACAGCAGUGAGAGCCGGGAGUGGGGCGACAGCGGUGAGAGAAGGGAGUGGGGCGACAGCGGUGAGAGACGGGAGUGGGGCGACAGCGGUGAGAGACGGGAGUGGGGCGACAGCGGUGAGAGACGGGAGUGGGGCGACAGCGGUGAGAGACGGGAGUGGGGCGACAGCGGUGAGAGGUGGGAGUGGGAUGACAACAGUGAGAGACAAGAGUGGGGUGACGCCAGCGAUAGGUUAGAAUGGGGUAACAUCAGUGAGAAAGUGGAAUGGGGAGACAGGAACUCAAGGAUGGAGUGGGGCGACAGUCAUGAGAGGGUGGAGCGGGAAAGGGCUGAGAGUAAAGCAAAAGAGUGGACAAAAUAUGAAAACACAGGAAGUGCAGAGUGGGAAAGCUAUGCAAAUAGAGGUGGAGCAGAGCAGAAAAAUUAUCCGAGGUAUAAUCCAGAAGAUAGGAGGGAGCCUAAAAUAAAUGAUGUAGAAAUGAAUGCAGAGGAGCUUCGAGAGGAAAGUGCUAUUCCGUUUCUGGGAAAUAAUUCAGAACUUGAAGCUCUGUUGGACAAAUCUGAAACGAACAAUGAUGGAGGCAUUCUAAAGCACGAACAGGAUGAAUCGAAGGAUGAAUUGAAAGAAACCGGUACUCAAGUUGAUACGAAAAUAAAUCUACAAGAGACAGUGUUGGAGAAGAAGAAAAAAGAAUCAUGUCCAGAGAAACACAUAACAUCACAUGUAAAUUUGCCUCACAGUGGGUAUUCAAAAGUUGCUAUUGGAAAACUUGGUGCUAAAUUUGGAAAAGUUCAGAAUUACCCCAUGAUGAGGCCUGUGAACCAGGAUGCGAAGGAAGAGCCUGGACAAGUUGUUUACAUCGCUGACAUGGUACCAGGCAAAUGCACAAAAAAUGAUUUAAUCCACCUUGCAGAGCUUUUUGGGAAGAUUAAUAACACCUUUCUGAUCAAAGCGAAGGGUGAGGGAUUUGUGGAGAUGUCCCAAAGUGCAGAAGCUCAAGCUAUGGUGAAGUUUUACCAAACAAAACCACCUGUUAUUCAAGGCAACAUCAUCAGAGUGGAAAUGUGCCAGAAAUACAAGAAGCUGAAUGUGAAGUUUCCAGACUGGGACCCAACAGCUGGUGGUAUGCCUCCUUUUGCAGCAUCUCUGUACAGGCUACAUGGUAUUCAGCAAAAUAUUACUGCACCUGAAGAAGACAUUUUUGCACCAACAUGUGCCCCAAAUUUAGCUGAACUCAGGGCUAAACAUUCAGAACAGCUGCUGAGGUGGACCAAAGUGCCGCUUGACGGCAGUAUGCCAUUUAAAAGUAAAUUGUGGGAUCCUGAAACUUAUGAAGGAAAAGAACUUGAGUGUUUCAGGUUGUUGCCAUAUGCUUUCAAAGUUCCAAUGCUAGAAACUCAUGAACGAUAUUUACAAAGUAUUACUGGAACUCCUGACAUGUAUGAUUUAAAUACACCAAAGAUAGAUGAUGCAUUUAUUCAACUACUGAUUGGCAAGAAAGUUGUACGUUCCCGUGAAGAUCUCGAUAAAAAGUUAGGAGAACCAGAGAAGGUACUAUGCAAGGCGCAGUCAAAAGUAGCCGAAAUUAUAAGUCCACUUUUACUUGCCAUACAGAAGUAUGAAAUGGACGAGUUAUCUGGAGAAUUAGAUUCCUUUACUACAGAGCAGCUGAAAGAGAGACUACAGUCAACAGUAACCUCGUGCCAUCAAUCAAUUCUGUGUGCUGGACAGACUCAUCGCUGGUUGACUGGGCUUCGUGCUGAAAAUUUGUUACAGUUAUUCAAAUUCAAAACCCCAAUUAAACCACAAGAACAUCCAAACAUGACAUCAUCCGACCUGCUGGGGGCUGAAAUUGCAGAACAGGUACAAAAAAGAGGCGAGGUGUUGAGGCGUAACACUCCUAUGCCUGCAGCAAAGAAAAGGCCACUUUUCAAUAUUAAUAAGAAGAAAAAGGUUUUCCAAAGACAGCAGAGGAAGCAGCUACCAUACUACCGGAACCCAAAUCCACCCAGAGGCCGUGGACGAUUAUACAGAGGACACCCCAGAGUGCACCCUAUCUUAAAGAACAUAUUCAUCCCUUGAAACUGGUAAGAGCAGGAUGAUGUUCACUUGAUCACAGCAGAAGGAAUCUCUCCCAUUUUGGAUUUCAAUAUUUUAGAACAGUUUUGUUGUUGAAUAUCAAAAAAACAAAAUUAAACUGGCAAAAGUGAAAUUUUUCUUGCAUUUAUUGUUGCAGAAGUAGAAAUUUGAGAUUUAUGAUCUUGCUGUGCUACACUGUUCUCUAGCCAAAAUGGUGAGUUAUUGAUUUGUUCUGAACAUGUACCAUUUUGUUACGGGCAGUUAGGUAGUCAACUUACUUUGCAGAAAUCUGCCAAUAUUCUCAAGCCAGAACCUGUUACAAAUUUUCUAUGACAGCGCAAUCUACUUUUUGCCACCCUGCCUUGGCUCUUCACAACUACUUCCAGUGCAAGGACGAUAUUGUUUAACUUGCUUUGUGGGAGUUUUUUUUAAUCCUUGUGUUACUAUCUAAGUCAAUGAUGUUUAAUGUACUAGAAUUCCAUUAACGUUGUAAAAUGAUGUGAUCAAAAUAAAUGUUGAGUGUAACAACCUUGUAAUAAUAUCUCGUUAAUAAA